AUGGUUUCUUUCCAAAACCUGCACAAUGAAGAAGAGGAGUCAGAAACGAACACUGGUGACACGGAAGAUGAAAAUCUCAUACAGUCGCGAUUUAAUUUUGCGGACAAAAUGAAGGAAAAGAACUUGCCUGCUGCUCUUGCCACUAGUGUCUCUAUCUCUCUUCUCGUCGCCGCCUGUUUUGAUCCGGCGGUCAUCAGUUUACAUGGUGUCGACCCAGAAAAAUGGCCCCUGUCGUAUAUUGGCCUAUCAAAUGUCUGGAGUAAUGAACUGUAUCUCGACGGUAUAUCCAAAGUCGCAGUUUACGGCUCCUUGCUUAUGAUCUUCGCUCUCGUGCUGGAAAUUAAUUGCUUCAUUAUCGAAGCAGGUGGUUUUACAGUUCCUUUGUUCGUCAAGCUUUUUCGUCGCUACAGUGUUCUUCAUUUCUUCAGCGUCUCUUUAAUUAUGAUUUCGGCGGGCUUGUGGUUCGCUUUCUCCGAAUCGCUUGUUCAAGACCUCUCUUCUUAUCCACGCUUUAGAGGAUCAAAGGUUUCCGCCGAUUUUUCGCGUGCUUACUGGUACAUGAUCUCGGCGGCUGUCACUGCCCUGCUAGGAGCUGCACUCAACGUCCUUAGAAUCUACGACGACUCGCUUGAAGAAGACGCGCAACGACUUAUUCCAGAAGAAUUAAGGCAUUCUUAUUUCAUCAUAACAAGACCUCCCGAUAACCCUCAGCCGCCGCCCUACUCUGCACUUUAG